AUGCAAACUAUUCCCUCACUCGAGGAUGACUUUUCGAACACUGGGCGACCAGCUGAAGACCUUUUCGACGAUGAGAUAGUUCCCAACCCCUCUCCUCCAAAGGACAAGGUCGUGAUACCAACGGGUCCCAAGGCACACGGCAAUAAUGGGCGCGGCCGCGGCAAUGGACGUGGGAGAGGGAGGGGUAGAGGUGCACCCAGAGGUCGAGGUGGUAGAGGUGGUCAUAACGGUCAUAACGGUCCACCACCGACAAAUGACUGGAAAGGAGGGGAUGGUGCGGGAAGUAGCAUCGUGAGCAGGUUCGCACCCGCUCCCACUACACCCGCUCCCACUGCACCCGCUCCCACUGCACCCACCACCACUGCACCCACCACCACUGCCCCUGCCCCUGUUCCAACCCCCCCAACGGAAAGCAGUACCCCAGCAGAAGAAGGAGCGAAGGAGACAACACCAGAAACAGAUCAAACCCCAGAAGUAACGGAAACAACAGAGUCGGCGCCAAAUCCGGACGGCGAGGCAGAGGACCCCGCAGCUGCCCCACCAACUGGUCCCGCCGCGGGAAUGUUACGCAAGGAGUUCCCAUCCCGAAACCGUAUUGUGACCGGCGGGCCGAAUCGCCAAAAACUUACCGAAGAAGAAUUAGCGAGUCGCAUGGAAGCCGUACGACUAAAGAAUCAAGCUCGAAUUGAAAAACUGCAGCGCGCCGCCGAAGAUGAACAGAAGUUUAAUGAGGCGGAGCAGGUUAGGAAAGCAGAGGAAGUUAAGCGAAGGGCUGUUGAGAAGAAGAAGCAAGUUGAAGAUGGAAAAAAGAAGAAGGAACUUGAUGCCGAGCGGGAGCAAAAUCGCCAACGGAAGCUAAAAGCAUUAUCAAACCGGGAAUGGGAUGUUAGCAAAAACGAGGAGGAUUAUAACCCAUCAGGUUACACCAAUAGGUCUCGCCGAGGAGCACAUGGUGGUGUUUCCGGGUUUAUUUCCAACCCGGAUGCUGGCUACUCGAGGGACACGGAAGGCGACGGAGUAGGAGGCGAUGUAGAUCGAUCAUUCCACUCACCUCGUGGCCGUGGAAGAGGCGGAAGGGGCCGAGGGGGUCGAGGUGAUAGAGGGGGCAAUUUUGGACGUGGGGGACAUCAACCUGCAAAUAAUAAUAACAACCGGGGACGACAGACCGCACCGGCAGAUGUUGGCAACGAAGCCGAGUUUCCGGCUCUCCCUGGGUCGAAACCAAAAGUAGAGAAAGCACCGGAGACUCCAGUUGAACCGGAGACUCCUCGCGGUACAUGGGCUGAGCAGGCGCAGGACGCUGCCGAGAAGGCCGAGAAGGCCGAGAAAACUGAAGGCGAAAAGACAGAGGCCGCUGCAUAA